AUGAGGGCUCUCACGGCCUUGGGCGUUGCCUCCGCGCUCGUUUCCCGCAGCUACGCUGCCUCCAACUCGUCCGCCAGCCCGGCCUCUAUUCUGUCUUCGGGCAAAGUCCAGCUUGGCGACUUCGAAGCGGCGUAUCAAAAGGCCAAGGCCUUCGCAUCCGGCCUCACCAACGCCGAAAAGGUUUCCAUCAUCACCGGCGGCGAUGUCUCCGGCUCCAACCUCACGUGGACCGCCUUGGAGAACAAGGACGGCAGCAGCGGCAUCAACUACCAGUACUACGUCUCCGGUUUCAGCAUGGACAACGCCCUGGCCAUGACCUGGGACCGCGACUAUUUCGAGAAGCAGAACAAGGCCCUCGGCCGCGAGUUCUACCUCAUGGGCUACAACCUGGUCAACGGUCCCGAGUGCGGUCCUCUGGGCCGCACCCCCUGGGGUGGCCGUCAGGCUGAGGCCUACAGCCCCGAUCCGUACUUGUCCGGAGCCAUCAUGGCCAGGGCCAUCCCCGGCAUGAACUCUGCCGGCGUCGUUGCCGGCGGCAGGCACUUCCUCCUCAACGAGCAGGAGACCAACCGCUCGGCCAGCAUCUCGUCCACCACCACGGCCGUCUACACGUCCAACGCCGACGACAAGACGAUCCACGAGCUCUACCUCUGGCCCUUCCAGGAAGGCGUCAAGGCCGGCAUGGCCGCCGUCAUGUGCGCCAUGACGCGCGUCAACGGCACCCUGGCGUGCGAGAACAGCGACCUCGUCGCCGGCCUCCUCAAGUCCGAGCUCGGCUUCCCCGGCAUGGUCUUCCCGGACGUCAACUCGCAGACGACGGCGUUCGGGUCCGCCAACGCCGGGCUCGACUACGGCUCGAGCUCGUACUGGACGGCCGACGUCCUCGAGGCGGGCAUCGCCAACGGCUCCUUCACCCAGGCCCGCCUCGACGACAUGGCCGUCCGCAACCUCAUCGGCUACUACCACGUCGGCCUCGACGACGGCAAGCAGCCCGCCGCCGCCGCCACCACCGAGUACCGCGACGUGCGCGCCGACCACGCCAAGCUCAUCCGCGACGUCGGCGCCGGCUCGCUCGUGCUGCUCAAGAACGACCGGGGCGUCCUCCCCCUGGACCGCCCCCGCACCAUGAGCGUCUUCGGCGCCCACGCCGGCCCCGCCAUGGCCGGCCCCAACCAGGCCUUCAGCGUGCAGGGCACCGACGGCCCCGUCUACCAGGGCCACCUCGCCUCGGGCACCGGCUCCGGCCAGCUCUCCUUCUCGUACCUCAUCACCCCCUUCCAGAGCCUGAGCGCCCGCGCCGCCGCCGACGGCACCAUGAUCCGCUGGAUCAUGAACGACACCUACUCCGACUCGGGCAGCGACGGCGGCAUGGGUGGCGGCGGCGAUGGCGGUCUCCCCUCCAUGAGCGGCAACUCCAGCAGCAACGGAACGGACGGUGGUAUGGGUGGCGGCGGCGGCGGUGGCGGCGGCGGCGGCGGCAUAUCGAUCUCUGGCCAGGGCACCGCCUUGACGCCCAGCUACGAGAACUACGCCGAGGACUCGGAGGUCUGCCUCGUGUUCCUGAACUCGUACGCGGGCGAGGGCGGCGACCGCGAGGAGCUGACCAACGCGGACCAGGACGCGCUCGUCACGACCGUCGCCUCGAGCUGCAACAACACGGUCGUCGUCAUCAACACGGUCGGCCCGCGCCUGGUCGACGCGUGGAUCGAGCACGACAACGUCACCGCCGUCGUGUACGGCGGGCUGCUGGGCCAGGAGUCGGGCAACGCCAUCGCCGACGUGCUGUACGGCGACGUCAACCCGUCGGGCAAGCUGACCAGCACCAUCGCGAAGGACGCGUCCGACUACCCCGUCUCGCUCUGCUACACCGAAGUCUGCGACUUCAGCGAGGGCGUCCACAUCGACUACCGCCACUUCGACCGCUUCAACGUCACCCCGCGCUACCCCUUCGGCCACGGCCUGUCCUACACCACCUUCGCCAUCGGCGCCGUCUCGGCGCGGACGACGGACGACCGGGCCCUCGCGUCGACCUACCCGGCCGGCCCGCUCGCCGUCGGCGGCAAGGCCGACCUCUUCGACGAGGUCAUCCGCGUCACCGCCGCCGUCGAGAACACGGGCGGCCGCGACGGCGCCGAGGUCGCCCAGCUGUACGUCGCCUACCCGGCCGCCGCGCCCGGCCAGCCGCCGCGCCAGCUGCGCGGCUUCGAGAAGGUCCGGCUCGCCAGGGGCGAGCGCAGGGACGUCUCCUUCAGCGUCCGCCGCAAGGACGUGUCGUACUGGGACACGGCCGCCCAGGAGUGGGCUGUCGCCAAGGGCACGUACACCUUCUCCGUCGGCGCCAGCUCCAGGGAUCUCAGGGGCGAGGCGACCGUCACUGUUGGAUGA